GAUUAAAGAGUGGUGUAUUUCCUUGUUCAGAUGUGUUUGUGUGUUUAAUGAGACACGAUGCGUCUGUGUGCUCCGACUCUCCUCUUCAUACUGCUGCCUUUAUUUACAGGUAAAGCAGUAAAUGGUUACUAUGGACAAGGCUACGGGAAUUGUUAUUACACUGGAGAUCUGAACUCCACUGAAUUCACUUUCUCUUGGUACUUCAACAAGGUUGAGUAUCUGAGGUACAACAGCACGACAGACAGAUACACAGGGUUCACCACGUACGGAACAGCCGGGGCAGCUGAACUGAACAAAGACUCCAGUCGUAGUCUGUAUUUCUAUGUUGAUCAGCUCUGUAAAAGAUCCAGAGAUGAAUACUUUACUUACAUCCUGAUGACAGUGAAGCCCGAGGUCACGGUGAGGUCACUGGUGGUGUCUGAGCCUCGGUCCCUCUCGGCCAUGCUGCUGUGUAGUGCGUAUGAUUAUCAUCCUAAAGGAAUCAAAGUGUUAUGGCUGAGAGAUGGUGAGGUGGUGACUGAGGGAGUUUCCUCCACUGAGGAGCUUUCAGAUGGAGACUGGUACUAUCAGACCCACUCUUAUCUACAGUACACACCAAGACCUGGGGAGAACAUCUCCUGUGUGGUGCAGCAUGUGAGCUUAACACGACCACUCAUAAUCACCUGGGAGCGUCACCUUCCUGAAGAUCAGAGGAACAAGCUGAUUAUCGGCAUUUUCCUCAUGGUGUUGGGGAUCGUUUUGGCUGUUGUUGGAUUUCUAUAUUACAUGCUGAGAUCUAAAGAACAAACUUCCCGUCCUGUAACUUUAGAACUCACUGUUUCAGAGACAAGUUCUCAAGCUUCAGAUCCAUAACAUCAGCAGUGGUUUUUGUUCAGUUCUUAAAAAUCUUUAAAAUCACUUAAAUCCCUACAAUUAUUUUAUAAUAUUUAGAUAUCAGAUUAAAAUGCUUUACAAACA